CAUGACAUCCAAACUCCCCCAACCCAACCUUGCUUUCCCACAAAACCUGCCUUCCAUCCUCAUUAUCGUUUCAUGGUCCCCACUCACACCUGUCGCAUUAUCUCUUCCUUGUUUUUCCAUCUCUUACAAAACCAUCCUCAUCCCUUCCACUUUUUUCACCUCUCAGCUCAAAACUCAUGCAUGAGAUGAGACAUAGCAUCAUUUUCAUUUGAUCAUCAAUCAUGGACAGUACAGAUUCAUCUUCAUGCUCUCACCACCCUCACCUCCCACCAGGCUUUCGCUUCCACCCUACCGAUGAAGAGCUCGUCGUUCAUUACCUCAAGAGAAAAGCUGCUUCUGCACCUCUUCCUGUAGCCAUAAUAGCAGAGAUUGAUCUCUACAAAUUCGACCCAUGGGAGCUACCAAGUAAAGCAACUUUUGGGGAACAAGAGUGGUACUUUUUCAGUCCAAGAGAUAGAAAAUACCCAAAUGGGGCAAGGCCUAAUAGGGCUGCUACAUCUGGGUAUUGGAAAGCUACUGGAACUGAUAAGCCUAUAUUAACAUGUGAUGGACAUGUGAAAGUUGGAGUAAAGAAAGCACUUGUUUUUUAUGGAGGAAAGCCACCAAAAGGAGUUAAAACUAAUUGGAUUAUGCAUGAAUAUAGGUUGAUUACUGAUCACAAUAACAAUAAUAGUUCUUAUAAUGCAGCAUCAAAAACUCCUUCUCUGGUUGGGGUUGAUCAUCCUCCAAGCAAUAAUAAGAAGAAUUCUCUCAGGCUUGAUGAUUGGGUUUUGUGUCGAAUAUACAAGAAAAACAACAGUAGCACUAUGCCAAGGCCACCUCUAAUGGAUCAAUAUGAUAAAGACCUUUCAAUGGAACAAACAUAUAACAUGCAACAUAACUCUAAGCCUCCAUCUUCAAGAAGCACAAGUUAUGGACUUGAAAAUGAUGACAAUUUCUUUGAUGGAAUUUUAGCAUCUGAACAUCAUCAUCAUCAUCAUCAGGGAAUGCAAAAUUGUGACAUGAACUCAAAGGGUGAUGAUAAUAAUAAUAACAAUAAUAGUGAUACGUUCCCUAUGAAACGUGCACUAAAUGGAUCAUCAUCACAGUUUUGGAAUGAAACAGGUUCACCAGGGUCAUCUUCUUCAAGCAAGCGAUUCCAUGGAGAUCUUAAUAGUGGAAUAAGCAGUAAUGCUGAGGAAAAUAAUUCUUUUGUUUCUUUGCUUAGCCAGCUUCCACCAAAUGCAACGUUUCAUCAAAACUCUAUUCUUGGAGAUGGUGUAAUGAGGCAACAAUUUCAACUUCCAGACAUAAAUUGGAAUUAAUUUAAGUAUAGGCUUAUAGCAUGGUUAAUUUGGUUUAGUAUGUUAAUUAAUAAUUGAUGCAUUCUAAUCUUACUAUUUUUACAUUUUUUACUUUUGAUGUAAUCAUUGAUAUAUACAGAAAGGAAAAAGAAGCCUAUAUGUAUUAGAGAAAAUUUAUCUUUUUAUAUUAAUUAAAGAUAGAGUAAAAAAAUUUAUAUUAA